AUGCGACCUGAUGGUUUUAUUAAUACCCCACCUGAAGCAACUGUCGUUUCUCCACAAUACGCGGUUGUCAAUCAAACAACUCAGAUUCAAAUACCUGUAUCGGAUGUUAAUACAGGCGAUGAUAUUCGUUGUCGAUGGUCUGUUUAUACACCCGGAAAUCGAAAACGAAGACAAGAGCAUGAAUACGAAGGGUUCUACAAUGCAGUCACUGUCAAUAUGCAAAGGAAACUAACUGCAGAUCGAGAAACUGUUCACAUAAGAGAAAAACGCGGACGAGGACCUGCACCAGAUCCAUGUACUAGUUCUUGUGCUACUACGUGCUAUAAUAAAUGCCCAUGCCGCUGCUCGUCUUGCACAGAUACUACUUGUACUGGUACUAGUUGCAAGGCAAAAUACUCUUGUCCACGAGUUACAACUACAGUCGAAACUCCGGGAACUAUACCACCAACUUCAUCGUACCCCAAUCAUCAACCGAUUGAUGAAUGUGGUGGCAUUUGCUAUCCGAGCAGCGUACCCAGUGGUACAACUUUAUCCAACUGCACUUUAUCGUUUAAGGGUCUUGUUCCGGACACAUGGUAUGCAGUUGCUAUUCAGACUAUGUUGAGCUAG